GGGAGGGUUAUGGUUCCUCUUUUCCCUAAACAUUUUGGACUGGUUUUCAUCGAGAGAAUAAUGAGCCAUGGUUAAGCUUGUGUCAAUAAAAAGGACAUCAGUGUGAGGUGUGCGCACAGCCACUGAAUUUAUCUAAUGACUUGAUGAGGCUCAGCUGGGGGAGCGCGGCAGUUGAAUGAGUGGUGCAAGUUGAGUCAACACGAGAGUAGCCAGUUUUUGGAAGUGCUACUCAAGAUACACUACAGCUUCACAACUUUUUCGCUCAUGGACUUUUGUGGAAAACCAACUCUGUUUUAUUACAGGAUCCAUCCACCAACAACCUGAACUGAACUGAAAGUCCCAGACUUAGCUCGCCGCUCAUAAGAGUAGAGACCAGCAUUGGUGAGGCCUAGUCUGAGGGACCUACUAACUGCUAACCUGCUAAUGGGUCUGUGAACUCAGUAAGCUAACCCACCUCCUCGUUUCCCCCUUUUCUACAAACUCCAGGUUAGGACUAGUAUUGAUACUUAGCCCUUAAACCCUAGACCUGACUAGUCAAGUCAGGCUGAACAACAUGCGCAAGAACUGGAACAGUCCAAACGGUGUGAUCAACGUCAUUUUGAGGAUAUCUAGCGGGUGGAUGUGGACAUCCCCAUGGUGGUAUCCACGGACAAGGUCCACUUUGGAAAACAUGACUUUUCCAGCCAGGUGGAUGGAAAAGUCCUGUAUGUGUAGGACUGGGUAGUGGUCAGGUGUUGUUGCGUUGUUGAGGUGGUGGUAGAUGCUGCAUGCGUGCUGUCGGUGCUGGGAGGGGCAUGUUUGAUUAUGAGCAAUAAUUGAUAAUUAUCAAAGGUAAUAAAUUAUUAAAAUCAAUACAAUUAUUAAUACAAAUUAAUAAUACGGGGCAUCACCCCGAAACAGUAGGGUAGUCUAAUAAAAGGAAUUCACCUAGAAUUCUAAUAUCUGAGGGAUAUCAGCAUCCAUGGGUGAAUGAAGAAGGUUUGAGUCUGAGCUCUGAGUCUCUCAACCAGCCUUUUAUCACAACAAGUAAACACAAGAUGGUGGAUGGUGAUCUGGGAUGAUGAUGUUGCGCGAGAGUUUAGAUGGCGGAUGUGACUACGGGAGGAGAGACUACAGCCAGUUUGACAUGUGUCUCUAACAAUAGGAUAACUUGGGAGCAGAUGUUAGCUCUGUUGCCAACUUAUCUGUGUUAUCUGUGAUAGUUAAAUGUGUGUAUGGGUGUGAGUGUUUAUGUACAUGUGUGCGUGUAAACAGAGUUAGUAGCAAGACAGAGGAAAAGAAAAAAAAGCCGGCUCACAGCGGAGUGAGUGAUUCAGAGGUACGCACAGCUGGCAUGGGAGACGUGCGUACACCCAGCUAGAGGGCAUGAGGUAGACACCAGAUUCCUGGGGAUCCAAGCCUCAGAGAAUGACAGCCUGGCACUCGAAAGCAACAAAGUGCCUCACACCAAGGCAAACAUCAGCACAGGCCCCAGGGGUGCCGACCGCAAACUUUUGCGGAGCACAAAAGUUUAGAUGGCGGACGCAAACAGGAGAGCUCUGGGUUGCAACACUUGCCUCUUUUCGGAUCUGGCAGUUGUGCUCGGUUGAUCACAGGGAGAAGUCUCAGCUCAUCCAGUGAGGGGAGGAUCUUCAAACUCGAAUUAUUUGUCUUACAGUCUCAUGGACACACAUGAUCUCUCAGUUCACAAAAGUCUUUAAAUGAAAGAAAUCCAGUAUGAAAUUAUUGGAAAAGAGAUGAAAAUGUCAACGUGGCAACUUACUUUGAUGUGGUGAACUAUCAGCAACACACCAACCGCUACAGAGCAUGAAGCUGGAAACAGGAUACAGCAGUUAUCGGUGUCCUUCCCUGACUGGCCAAGACGCUACAUGAUCCAGAGCUGAACAGAUGGUGGCACAGAAAUUAACCUAAUAAAACAGGCUAUUUUAUUCAUCCACAAGGGGGCUCUCAAUGAUUAUUUAAUAAUGCUGACCUUUUGAAAAGUAUUGAUUGCAUGUGUCUCUCCAGUAACACUUGAUGAACACUUGUGUCACUUCCUCAUCCCAACCACUAGAUGGUAGGCAUGACUUAUUUAGCAAUGGAAGGACUUCCUGCAGGGACCAUUUUUAUUUAAAAUGCCCUUGGCAGGUAUUACAUUUAGAAAUGAUUUUGCAUCACAAGUCACAUCACAUAAUUAAUUUAAAACAACUGUUUGCUAAAUUUAAUAUUUGCAUUGCUGUAUUUAAGGCCAAUACUACUGUUCCUGGGAAGCAGAGAAGAACAGUGUCAUAGACCGUCUCUUGCUUCUGUUUGGGAUGUGUCCUUUUUACUUCACUGCCAUGUUAUUAUAUCUACUCAAUUCUUAGACAUAUGCUUUAGUCAUGCUGGUUGAAUUUGAUAUUUGUGUUAAUCUGAUAACUAUAGCAUACUAUACUAUACUAUAGCAACCAAAGAAAAUCAAAAUCCAUCUAAUCCAAUCUGAUCUUACAAUUUUACUUCACUGAUUAAUCUAAUUUCUGAGGAAGAAUCUCAUUUUCAUGCCAUACAGUACUUACAAAAACAAAAAGGCGAUUUCCUUUGGAUGUUACUGUAAUGGAGCUGUGAUAUUUCUGGUCUGAAGAACCUUAGUUAUUGAAAGAGUGUCCAUUGGGAACGGAGCGCUCAGAGUGCAUAAACAGCUGGCGUACCAACACCACCCUGUCGCUCUACAACAGCCAUUGGUAAAACAGACUCUCUGAGCUCAGGCCCACACCAUCCAGUCUACUGCUUAAAUUUUAAAAUCUCAAUUUCUACAUUUUUAAAAUGCUGCAUAUUUGAUGAUCUGAAAGGAAGGAAACUCACUCUGGAAAAUCAUGAGCUGCCCCUGCUUGCAACAUAAGCAUUUCAGGAAAAUGCCCAUCAGUGUCAAAUAGUUAGAGAGAAACAGCAUUAUUGCAGCAGUUAUGGUUUCUGUUGUUCCCUCAUAACUGUAACAACUGUAAAUAGCGGACAUGGAAAAGCUGGGAGUGUAAACCUGGAACUUGAUGGUUGUGUCUUAGAUUUCACCCGCUCCCAUUUUACACCACAGCAGUCCAGUCUAGCUACUCUCGUCUCUUCUCAAUGCAACUAGUCAAGCUCAUGCAUAUUUAAUUGUUCAUCCACUGGGCUGAGAUCAGAUGAACCUAACUAGCUAAAGGGGUGGUGCUGGGGAAGAUAUUGAUGACGAUGAGGAUAAUGGUAAUGUGUAAAGCAAGGGGCUGGGUUUUGGAAAACCAGCUACACCUGCCCCUCCUCAUCCUGACUGGUUGAGUUAUGAGAUGGAGAGGAGAUCUGAGCGAUUCGUUCAGUUCAGCUGCAGACAAAAGGGGCUCACAAUGCCUAGAGACUAAAAACUGGAUUCUACACUUCAAUUUGCUAUAUAUUCCUAUGUAUAUUUAUAAAUCUUUCUCUAAACUGGAUCUUUUGGAGAUGAAACACGUUCCAGAGGCUGAAUGGUGCCUUGUACAUUGAGGAAUACAACAUCAUCCCUCCCUCCACCUCUGCACUAAUUCCUCUCUUCACAUCGGAGAAGGGUGGAAGGGUAAAGUCUGUGUUACCUCUGAGGGAGCCUUGGCACCACUGAAAGGUGGAGCCAAUCCCCAGUGCCACAAACUCAAGAAGGAUGAAGAAGAACAUCUAGUGGAUUUUUUUUUCUCCUUUCUCAGAACAAAGUGUGUUAGUGACGUAUCAAGACACUGUUUUGAGAUAAAGGAGCCAAGAAAGCAAAGACACAGAGAAAAUGCCUUUUGGUGGGUUAGCAGGUUUGAAGGAACAGGUGCUUAAGCCAGGGAAGGAGGAAGUGAAGAACACAGUGGGGGACUCUCUGGGAAAACUGCAAAGGAAAAUAGAUGGUAGUAAUGUAGAAGAAGAGGACAACAUUGAACUAACAGAGGAUGGGCGUCCAGUGGCAUCAGCACCGCGUCCUGCCCCACUGCUGGACUGUAACUGUGGUGGUCUGCCCAAGCGCUACAUCAUCGCCAUCCUCAGUGGGUUGGGUUUCUGCAUCUCCUUCGGCAUCCGCUGCAACCUUGGUGUGGCCAUUGUAGAGAUGGUGAACAACAACACUGUUUAUAUCAAUGGGACUCCGGUGCUUCAGAAAGCUCAGUUUAACUGGGACCCAGAGACAGUGGGGCUGAUCCACGGCUCCUUCUUCUGGGGCUACAUUGUCACUCAAAUCCCUGGCGGUUUUAUCUCAAACAAGCUGUCCGCCAACAGGGUGUUUGGAGCUGCCAUCUUCCUGACGUCAGUGCUGAAUAUGUUCAUCCCAUCAGCAGCGAGGGUACACUACGGUUGUGUCAUGUUUGUUCGCAUCCUGCAGGGCUUAGUGGAGGGUGUUACCUACCCAGCAUGCCAUGGGAUGUGGUCUAAAUGGGCACCACCUCUUGAACGGAGUCGACUGGCCACCACUUCUUUCUGUGGAUCCUAUGCAGGAGCGGUGAUCGCCAUGCCUUUAGCUGGAGUGCUGGUUCAGUAUGUCGGGUGGUCUUCUGUCUUUUAUAUUUAUGGUGUUUUUGGGAUUGUAUGGUAUGUCCUAUGGCUACUGCUGGCAUAUGGAAGUCCUGCUGACCAUCCCACAAUCACAGAUGAGGAGAGGACAUACAUCGAAACCACCAUCGGUGAAACAAUGCGCCAGCUAAGUGUGACUGAGAAAUUCAAGACUCCGUGGCGUCGUUUCUUUACCUCCAUGCCCGUCUAUGCCAUCAUCGUGGCCAACUUUUGCCGUAGUUGGACGUUCUACCUGCUUCUCAUCAGCCAGCCGGCGUAUUUUGAGGAAGUCUUUGGCUUCCCCAUCAGUAAGGUGGGGCUCCUGUCUGCUUUCCCCCAUAUGGUGAUGACAAUUGUUGUUCCAAUUGGAGGACAGCUGGCUGACUUCUUACGCAGUAACAAAAUCAUGUCCACCACAAAUGUGAGGAAACUCAUGAACUGUGGAGGAUUUGGUAUGGAGGCUACUCUACUGCUGGUUGUUGGGUUUUCUCACACUCGUGCGGUGGCCAUCUCCUUCCUGGUGCUGGCUGUAGGCUUCAGUGGAUUCGCCAUCUCAGGUUUUAAUGUCAAUCAUCUGGAUAUCGCUCCCCGCUAUGCCAGCAUCCUAAUGGGGAUUUCUAACGGGGUGGGAACGCUGUCUGGAAUGGUGUGUCCUCUUAUUGUUGGAGCGCUGACAAAACACAAGACUCGUCUGGAGUGGCAGAAUGUCUUUGUUAUUGCGUCCAUGGUGCAUUACUCAGGGGUCAUCUUCUACGCUAUCUUUGCUUCGGGAGAGCAGCAGGACUGGGCCAACCCUGAGGGCACAAGCGAGGAUAAAUGUGGCAUUAUUGAUGAAGAUGAGCUGGCUGAAGAGACAGAGAUCAAUAGCGAGAACAUGACAGCCCCCAAAAAGAGUUAUGGAACCACAGACAAUUCAUCUGGUCGGAAACAGGGUUGGAAAAAGAAGAGAGGGGUGACCAUGCAAGAGGAGGAGGAACACUACGGGAAUGGGGAUUACCAGGACGGGUACCAGUGAGCCCUGUGGGGCCAAGGACUUCCAAAACUCUCAAACUUGAUCAAGGCUGAAGCUUCAGUUUCACACCUGUGGAAAUGUCAGAAACAUCAGAGAGCUGUCCGGAGCAGCAACAUCAUAUGUACCUCAAACCAGCCUGUCCUCAUUUUGGUCGAUACACCAGUUUUACUGUGAUAACUCAUAAUUCAUAAUGAAACACGACAUUAAGGAAGUCCAAAUUCUAACACAUAUUUUUAUUAGGAAUCAAACUUUCAACAAGAAUGAAAGAAACAUCAGCAAAUACAUAAUAGAAGCAGAAAUUACGAUGAUGGAUGAGACACUUGAACAAUAAAUGUAAUCUACACUGACUAUAGAGUAGUAUGCUUGGUAUCAUGGCAACUAAACCACAAACGACAACAUUCAUGAACCGACUAGUGUUAAAAGAACAUCAGCAACACACGUCAACUUUCAAACCCGACUUCACUUUUCCUGCAACCUGCGUUGAUCGUACUCUGUCUGUGCAAGCAAACGUUGACUGAACUUUAUGUAGCUUACUUUUAAACUUGUGGACAGAUUUUGAAAUGUUUUGUGUCAGCUAUGCAACGUGAAAAGAGACGUGCUACUGGAAUGUAAUAAUGGGUUUGACAGCAAACCACAGUGUUAAUGUUUGUUUGUUUUUUUUGUUGUUUUUUUUUGUUGCUUGUAUGUAUUUGUUGUUGCUGAAUGAUUGCACUAUAUCACCGCUUCGCUCGCUCUUCUUUUCUGGGCAGAUCUAGUUCACCCUCCAUUUGUGAUGCAUUUCUUCCAGCAUUAUAUCAGCUUCAUUAUUUAUAGUGCUGUGAGCUCAUAAUGGGAUGAAAUGGAUGCUGAGUUCAGUACUGAUGUUACUCCAUGAAGCAUUUAGAGUAACACAUAACCAGCAUAAUAAUUUAUUCUUCUAGUGUCUUUUUUUGUGGUUUCUCAGUGUUUGAUACACGGAGACCCAGUCUGUUUCUAAAAAUAACGUACUGUAAUGUUUCACUUUAAUCAUAAAAAAAAGUAUGGGAAAUUUA